CGACGUUUUUGCGAAUUUUUUCUCUAUUUAGUUUAUUAUUUCGUGUAAGAUAUUAAACCUUCUAAACUUUCACAAUGAAAAUUAAUAUACAGGUAAAAGUGAUUGUGAAAAUGUUAGGAAGCCACGUUUACAGAGUUUGAGAUUUUAAGAAUUUCUAACCUCCUACAGGAUGAAUAAAAUGCGUAGGUAUACGGACACGUGCAGAAACGCAGUGAAAUGUAGGAUUGAGGAAGAUACAUUUACAAUGAGCUUAAAUAAUGACAUUCAGAAAAUAACACAAAUACCUUACUGUGAUGAAAACUCAUUGUUUAUACUUCAACAAGAGCAUGAUUCAAUUAAACGAAAUCGAAAAAUGAGGAAAUUUAAAUCUCCAAAAAAUGAAGGCCUAUUUGAUAAUGAUAAUCUUAGUCAGAGCUUUACUAAUUUGUCUCAGGAACCAUGCUUUCUACCAACACAUGAAAUUGCAUCUUCUAUUAAAGAAGCAACUGGAGGUAUUGAUUAUUCAAAUGAAACGCUUGAAGAGCAAUGGAAAAUUAGGCAAUUAGAAGCUAGUUUAAAAUCGCAGGUUCUAGAUAAAAAAUUGUCAUUAGUUAAUAACCACUGUGAUUAUAAAAAUUCAGUUGUGGGAACUGAUAUUGACUCGUCUCUAUCAGAGAUUAAGACUGAUGAAAAGCACAAGAUUAAAGAUGAGGAGAAUAUUUUAAAACAAUGUAGACUUAAUAAAAAUGCAGCAAUAAGAGGACUUAUAAAACGUCAAUUAAUUUCAGUGAAAGAUUUAGAAGUACCAGAUAAUUCUACAGAUGUAAGAUAUGAAAAUAAUAAACAUGUACAGAGCACAAACGCUUAUUCACCGAGUAAUUUAGAAGAAAACAAUUGUAUGAGAUUAGUUCCACAUAAUGAAGAUCCGGAAGUAUUUAUUCAACCUAUACAAGCAGAAGGAGGAAUAGACGCAAAGUCGGAUUAUUCAUUUUAUGGUAAUUAUGUAUGUACAGAUACAUUUUUUUGAAAAUAUCAUAAAAAAUAUUGUACUAAAUAAAGCUUUGAGUUUCACAGUUUAAAUAAUAACAGGUAACAAGUUUUUCAAAUUAAAAUAAAGAUGUGUUAAAGUGUUAAUUCCAAAAAAAUUAAGUAGAAAUUUGAUAUUUUUUAAACCUUUAAUCUAAAAUGUAAAUCUUGCACUCAAUUGGGUACCUGAAAGUAAUAACUCCGAAUUUAAAAAUGUUAUGAAUUUUAAUAUAUUAUUGUAUUUUAGUACAUACAUUUUAAUCAAAUAUGCAAAGAUUAUACAAGACUUAAGAUCAAUCAAAUAAUUAUAGGUAUUUUUAAGAUUUUUACUGUUAAACUAUGACAGUGCUGUGAUGAGAAUUUUUAGAUAUUAAUUAUUCUUGUUAUGUACAAAAUUAUUGAAUAAGGAAGAUAUUACCA